AUGCCUUCACGUCUAGGCUCGAACGGCCCAACCUAUGCCAUACGAUCUCCAGAAUUGCCCAAGGGACGUCCACGAACAGCAACAGAUGAGCGAGAGCCUGUAGAUUUUGGCCGUCGUCCAUUAACCGCCCCAGGAAACAAGGCUGAUCCCCUACCCUCCAACUCCCAUGAUGACUCGGAUCACAACCAGUCAAGGUUAACAGUCUCCAAGCCGCCGCUACUGCGAUCCAAGAGUGAACACAUAGUAAGACGUGAAGAUGCGGACCAGGCGGAUGAAGAGAUCUAUGAAUGGGGAGCUAGGCAUGGCUUUGAAGAUCAUUACCAAUCCGAAGAUAUCAUUUCUCAGCUAGCAAAUAACUGGUAUAUGUACUUUACGGAUAAGCGACACGAGACUACCGGUCAGCCAGAUUCGCCUAAUUAUGCGAUUGAGGAUUGGCGUAUGCGAGAUCGGUUAAAAACUGUUUCGGCUGCUCUAGCUGUAUGCCUCAACAUUGGGGUUGAGCCCCCUGAUCAGUUAAAAACAAACCCGGGGGCUAAGCUCGAGGCGUGGCAAGAUCCAUUCGUACCUCCAGCUGCAAAAGCCCUAGAGGCAAUUGGAAAGUCACUACAAGCUCAGUACGAGAAUAUUUCAUUACGAACAAGAUAUAAGCAAUACCUGGAUCCAUCGGUCGAAGAAACGAAGAGAUUCUGUCAGUCGCUGCGAAGGAACGCCAAGGAUGAGCGUGUUCUACUUCAUUAUAAUGGCCAUGGUGUUCCGAAACCAACGGCAUCAGGAGAGAUUUGGGUCUUUAAUAAGACCUUUACUCAGUAUAUCCCUAUUUCAUUGUAUGACCUCCAACAUUGGCUUCAGGCGCCUACUAUCUUCGUCUGGGAUUGCUCUGAGGCUGGUAAUAUCCUAAAUAAUUACCACCGUUUCGUAGAGAAACAUGAAGAGGAAGAAGAGGCUGCCGCCGCCGCCGACCCUAACUAUGAAAAGACUAAAUAUCGAUCGUAUCUUCAUCUUGCAGCGUGUGCUGUCAAGGAGAAUCUUCCUACCAAUCCCCGACUCCCAGCUGAUCUCUUCACUGCGUGUCUAACAACACCCAUAGAGAUGGCGUUAUGGUUUUUUGUCUUACAAAAUCCUCUUAAGACGAGUAUAACACCAGAGCGGGCCAAGAAACUGCCUGGUAGGUUACAAGAGCGGAGAACACCACUAGGAGAGCUCAACUGGAUAUUUACGGCAAUCACUGAUACUAUUGCAUGGACCUCCUUACCUCGGCAGUUAUUCCGUAAGUUCUUCAGGCAGGACCUCAUGGUCGCGGCUCUUUUCCGUAAUUUCAUUCUUGCUCAGAGAAUCAUGAUGGUCUAUGGAUGUCAUCCUCAGUCAUAUCCAGAAUUACCGGAUACUCACCAGCAUCCCCUAUGGGAAAGCUGGGAUUUGGCUGUUGAUUUGGCGUUGGCACAGCUCCCUUUGAUGGAGCGAAAAGAGAACGAAGGUAUUGAAUACGAAUACCAAAGCUCGACCUUCUUCACGGAGCAGUUGACUGCAUUUGAAGUCUAUCUUACGCGUGGAGAUGCUAUGCAGAAAAAGCCUCCUGAGCAACUCCCUGUUGUGCUCCAGGUCUUAUUAAGCCAACAGCACCGAGUACGUGCUCUUAUCUUGUUGGGCAAGUUCUUAGAUUUAGGUCCCUGGGCAGUCCACCUAGCCCUGAGCAUUGGUAUCUUCCCCUACGUGUUGAAGCUCCUGCAAUCUGCCGCUGCCGAGCUGAAACCCGUUAUGGUAUUUAUUUGGACCCGGGUUCUCGCCGUAGAUGUCUCUUGCCAACCUGAUCUGAUCAAGGAUAGCGGUUACAAUUAUUUCGCCUCCAUACUAAAUCCAUCCGAAACGCUUGCCGUCACUAAUAGCGAUGAGCAUAAAGCAAUGUGCGCAUUCGUUCUCUCAAUGCUAUGCAAGGGUUAUAGGCCUGGGCAAUCAGUAUGCAAUUCAUCAAAUAUCAUGACGUAUUGUCUAACUCAUCUUCGGAAUGAGGAGAAUGUGUUGCUACGCCAGUGGGCGUGCCUUUGCAUUAGUCAACUCUGGCAAGAUCUGCCCGAGGCUAAAUGGAGAGGCAUUCGGGAGAACGCGCCCUUGAAGCUAUCUACAUUGACGAAAGAUCAGGCUUGCGAAGUACGAGCUGCGGUCGUUCAUGCAAUGACGACGUUCCUGGGCAUUCCAGAUCUUACAGACGAGGUGGCUAGGGUUGAGGAGUCAAUAGCCUGGACACUUCUGGAUAUGGCUGGUGACGGCAGUCCACUUGUCCGUAAGGAGUUGCUAGUCUUUAUUUCGCAUUUUGUUCUUCGUUAUGAAAAUAAGUUUAUCGUUGCUGCUUAUGAGCAGCUGGUCGAGGAGAAGGAGUACUUGCACUGUCCCCCAACGGACGACGGUCUAGAGCAUAAAAUGGGUAUGCAUUAUGCUCGCCCGGAAAAUCGCAAUCCUGAUGGAACAAUCAAGGCCACAGCCCAAGGAUUAUCCUCGAACACCGUAUUCGCUGCUUGUUGGAAACAUGUCUUGAUACUAAACGUAGACCCUCAUCCUGAGGUUCAACGAGAUGCAACGAUUGUCGUUGAUUAUGUUCACAACGCACUUCUAUCAUCAAAUGCAAGUGUCCCAGCCCGAAAUCUAAUGGAUGAGAUUCAAAAGCGAACGCGACGGUCACGCGGUCACAAGAGGCAACCCUCUAUGUCACGAAAUGGCAUAGGCGCAUCAGCUUCUGAUAUCAUUCCCCCCGAACCCUCACCUGGCCUUUUGAAACGAACCGCAAGUCUUCUAUUUCAGCUUCCUAGCAUGUGGGCUGGAGAAGAUAAAGCGGUUAAUCCUAUGCCAUUACCUUCUCCCGGGCUUACAAGAACCUCUUCUCAACGGCAGAGACCCGCCAGCGAUUGGGCUGCUCUCCCUGAACAGAUUGAUCAGGCCAGCGUAUCGGCAUAUUAUCACGUAGCUGAUGAGCCUGUGUCAGGGAAAUUCAAAGAACACCGCCUCGACGAAGCACCUUCUCUACCCCUUCCGAGCACAUUCCUGGAGUGGUCCAUCGAGUACUUCCGCGAACCGCAGAUGCACCCUAGCGAGGCUGAGGAACCGGGAAGCACCGAGUACAACGAGCGUUUGUGGCGAAGAUCACGAAACGAGAAUAUACUCCGAGAGACACAGCCGCAGAAGCAGUAUGCUGGCAGUCACAAGUGGAAUAACCAGCUCUGCAUUAUGAACAACGGCGCUCAACCGGCAAAAAUGACGUUUCACCAAUACGAAGACCAUCUCGCAGUGGCCGACGAUGGGAACACUGUCUAUAUCUGGGAUUGGAAAAAGCAAACUAGAUUAAACCGAUUCUCAAAUGGGAACCCGGAAGGCUCGAAGAUCAGCGAUAUGACGUUUAUCAACGAGGACGACACGGCGUUCCUGAUGACGGGUUCAUCCGAUGGCGUGCUCCGGGUCUACCGUAAUUACGAUACCCUCAAAACGACCGAGUUAGCAUCGUCCUGGAGAGCACUUACCCAUAUGGUCCCUAGUAAUGUCAAUUCUGGUAUGGUGUUCGACUGGCAGCAGGUGACAGGCAAUGUGCUUGUUGCAGGAGAUGUUCGUGUCAUCCGGGUCUGGGCUGCAGCAUACGAAACAUGCAUAAUGGACAUACCCGCACGCUCAGGAUCAUGCGUUACCUCAUUAACAUCGGACCAGAUGACUGGCAAUAUCUUUGUGGCUGGAUUUGGAGACGGUGCGGUUCGAGUGUUCGAUACUCGGCUCCGACCGCAUGAGUCAAUGGUAAAGAAAUGGAAGGACGAUUCCGAUCGACAGUGGAUUAGAGACGUGCACAUGCAGCGCGGAGGUCAACGCGAGUUGCUUUCCGCGAGCCGAAACGGGAAAGUAAAGCUUUGGGACAUUCGAAUGGAUUCGCCGCUCCGCGUUAUCCAAGCAACUCGCGAUACCAUCCGCACAGCAAGUACACACGAACACCUACCGGUAUUCUCUGUCGGAACGUCCGCCCACACCGUAAAGGUCUUCAACUUCGAUGGCAACGAACUCUCCCGUAUGGAACCCUACUCUAGCUUCCUACAACAGAACCGUGGCGCGCCCAUCUCUGCCACCGCCUUCCAUCCGCACCGCAUGAUCUUAGGCUGCGCAGCUCGCGGCGAUUAUCACAUCAACCUCUUUACCUGUGCCAGCGAGAAGCCGGAAGCCUUCCUCAACUCGCUAUAA